CUCACUGCGCACAGCUUCUAGCCUCCCGACUAAAUUUUAAUUAAUCGCUCUUGAGCACUAACUGCUGUUUUACUUGUUUUUUAUUUUACGAUUUCGCUGCAAAAUGACGAAGAGCCGUGUUUAUGUUGUCGGAGUGGGCAUGACCAAGUUUGAGAAGCCUGGUCGCCGAGCUGACGUUUGCUACCCAGACUUUGCCAAGGAGGCAAUUACGAAAGCUCUCCAGGAUGCGGGCAUCAAGUACGAAGAAGUGCAGCAGGCAGUGGCUGGUUAUGUCUAUGGAGACUCCACCUGCGGGCAGCGGGCAAUCUACGAAGUGGGAAUGACCGGCAUUCCUGUUUACAACGUGAACAACAACUGCUCCACAGGAUCGAGUGCCCUCUAUCUGGCCAAGCAGAUCGUCGAGAGUGGAAAUGCAGACUGUGUUUUGGCUUUGGGGUUUGAGAAGAUGGAGCGUGGAUCUCUUUCCUCAAAGUACUUUGAUCGUGCCAAUCCCAUGGAGCGCCAUAUCACCGAGAUGGGUGAGCUGACCGAGAUCGGAGCUGGUCCCAUGGCUGCCCAAAUCUUUGGCAAUGCUGGCAAGGAGCAUAUGCAGAAGUACGGCACCAAGCCCGAACACUUCGGCAAGAUCGCCUGGAAGAACCACAAGCACUCUGUCAAUAAUCCCUACUCGCAGUUCCGCGAUGAGUACACCCUGGAGCAGAUUAUGAAGUCGCCACAGGUUGUGGAGGGUGUGCUGACCAAGCUGCAGUGCUGUCCCACUUCCGAUGGAUCCGGAGCAGCCAUCCUCGCUUCCGAGGCCUUCGUUCGUCGCCAUGGACUAGAAAAGCAGGCUGUGGAGAUUGUGGGCAUGGAGAUGGCAAGUGACCCUGCGUCCACCUUCGCCGACAAGAGUCUCAUGAAGAUUGCUGGAACCGACAUGACCCGUCUGGCCACUCAGCGUCUGUUUGCCAAGAGCGGAUACAAGCCCCAGGAUGUGCAGGUGGUGGAGCUGCACGAUUGCUUCUCGGCCAACGAAUUGGUCACUUAUGAGGCACUAGGACUGUGUGGAGAGGGAAAGGCUGGCGAAUUUAUUGACGCUGGAGACAACACCUACGGUGGAAAGUUCGUGGUGAACCCAAGUGGUGGACUUAUCUCUAAGGGUCAUCCUCUGGGAGCCACUGGUUUGGCUCAGUGUGCUGAGCUCUGCUGGCAGCUCCGUGGAUUGGCUGAGAAACGGCAGGUGCCUAACGCACAGUUGGCUCUGCAGCACAAUCUGGGUUUGGGAGGAGCUGUAGUGGUAGCUCUGUAUCGUCUAGGAUUCCCCGCUGCCAACAACGUGAUUCGCAACCUGACUGCUGCGAGUAAAGCAGCUACUAGUGAAGAUGGAUUUAAGGUUGCCCUCUUGCUCAAAGUUCUUGAGCAGGCCAUGCAGGAGGACAAGGACAAUCUGAUCGAGAAGGUUCGCGCCAUUUACGGAUUCAAGGUCAACAACGGACCCAAUGGCCAGACCGGAUUCUGGGUGAUUGAUGCGAAGCAAGGCAAGGGAAAGAUCGUCUUUAAUGGAACUCAGAAGUGCGAUGUCACCUUCAUCAUUAGCGACGAAGACGUGUUUGAGCUUCUAACAGGAAAGUUGCCACCGCAAAAGGCCUUCUUCCAGGGCAAGAUCAAGAUCCAGGGCAACAUGGGCUUUGCAAUGAAGCUGAUGGACCUGCAGCGAUCUGCUCAAGGAAGAAUCGAGGAGCUACGCUCCAAGCUAUAGACAUCUUUAUUUUUAAUAUUCCCUGUGCUUUGCAAUAUUUAGGUGGCUUUGGAUCUGUUAUACCUAUUCUAUGGAUGUAUCCAUAAUACGCUUUUUGUACGAUUUUUGUAUUAUUUCUCUAGAGAUUAAAAUGUUAUAUCCGUAA